UGUGAGACGACAAACAAAGCCAUGUAUCUGAGCACACAUGAAGAACGAGAGAACACGUCCAUGUACGAGGACGCCUUCGAGGGACACAACCUUUCCAAACUGAACCUUUGUGAUGAAGUGUCUCGCUCCCAGGCGCCCCCGCAGCGUCAGGAGGUGCUGACGGAGAACGUGACUCGGACGUCAGCUCACUCCAACCUGCUCCAGCAGAACCUGGGCGGGGUGUCUGCUCAAGCCGACCUGCUGGAAAACAUCUGGAAACUAGAAAACCUGUUUCAGAAUCACAGCAGCUGGCUGCAGAGGCUGGAGGUCCUCACCAAGGGCCUGGAGUUGGAGUUGAGGAGCAUCCAGGCUAACUCCCUCCAGUCGGAGGAUUACCUGGUCCAGCUGGACCACAGGUUGUCCUCGCUCAGCAGUUACGCUGGACGAAACCUGACAAGUCUGAGCACGGAGGUGACCCGAACGUCCAGGUUGCUUCGCGACCACGACGCCCAGCUCAGAGAAGCGUCGGGGCAUUUGAACUUGCUGAAAGAGAAACUGGACGAGGUCAACUGGACUGUGGGAGCCGUCAAUCACACCGUCAGCAAUGACAUCAGUGUUCAUCACCUUAAAAUUCAAGAYUUGCAGAUCCAGAUCAGCAACAUCACAGAAGACACCAGCAGUUUGUGGGUGACGCACAUCCACACAGAGGCCCAGCUGAGGAAUGAGAUGGAAAUCCUGAACACGAUCACAGAGGACCUCCGUCUGAAGGACUGGGAGCACUCCAUGAACCUGAAGAACCUCACAAUUUUAGAAGGACUUGCAGGAGAAAAGGGAUUAUCAGGCGCUCAGGGAAUAAAAGGAUCUGCCGGGGCUGACGGUGUGCAGGGAGAGAAAGGAGAGCAGGGACCAGCUGGGCCUAAAGGAGAGAGAGGCUUUAAAGGGGAGAAAGGUGAUCGAGGAGAACGAGGAGAGAAAACAGUCGAGGAGGAGCUGGUCCGGUUGGUGAACGGGUCUGGACCCCACGAAGGGCGCAUAGAAGUGUUCCACGAACAGCUGUGGGGGACGGUGUGCGACGACGUCUGGGACAAGAAGGAUGGAGACGUGAUCUGCAGGAUGCUGGGGUACAGAGGAGCAGAGCAGGUCUAUAAGACCGCUCGCUUUGGACAAGGCUCCGGUCGGAUCUGGAUGGACGACGUUGCUUGCUCAGGGACUGAAGACACCAUCCAUCAGUGUAAGUUCGCUGGUUGGGGCAAAACAAACUGUGGACACAUUGAGGACGCUGGCGUCACCUGCAGCACCUGAACGCUCCUGACGCUGGCUCCGCCUCCUCUGUGAAGCUUUUCUUUUAGCAGAAGUGAUAUUUUAUCAGGAGUGUUGGUCUGUGCACGGACCUGUUCUGCAGAGACUUUCUGCUUCAGGACUGAAGCUUCAGCUCCAUCAUUACCUGCAGGGAUCAUCUGAGUGGACGCUCUCUGAGGACUGGUUCAUGCUGGUCUCCUCAGAGUUUACAGAACUCCACAGCAUCCUCUCCUACAGCAGGAUGCUCUCAAAACAAAUGAAGAGAAUUUAUAAGAUAAACUUUUUUAUCUUUAUUACCAACAGCUUGGAAAUGUCUUUAUGCAUAAAAACUGUGCCUUAUUUCUUGUAAUAAAAAUAAAUAAAUUCAUGCAAUGGUAUGCAGGUUGAAAGAUGCAAAACCAUGUAAAAUAAUAAAUUUAAUUUCAUAAACGAA